AUGAUUGUCCAUCCAGACAUGCUGAAGACCACCGCCGCUACGGCUUCCACUUCGGUGGCUCCCAUCCCGACCGUGAUCCCGACUCCUCCCACCUACGUCGAGGCCGGUGAUGUGGGCAAGAGAACUCUGUGGGUUGUCGUUGUGCUCAUGGCCAUUUCGUCUAUUGCCCUCUAUGCCAUGGCUUUCCGUGUCACCGUGCAAAAACGGCUCUUCCACAUUUUGACCUCUUUCAUCACCACUGUUGCCUUCCUGUCUUACUUUGCUAUGGCUACGGGUGACGGCACCACAUUUGUCUCAUACACUAUUACCGAACAGCACAAGAAAAUCCCAGAUACCCACCAAGAGUACCGACGUGAAGUCUAUUGGGCAAGAUAUGUGGACUGGACCAUCACAACUCCUCUCCUGCUUCUUGACCUCACCCUCCUUGCCGGUCUCAGUGGUGCCAAUAUCCUGGUCGCCGUCUUUGCCGAUGUCGUCAUGGUUCUAUGCGGACUAUUUGCGGCCUUUGGCCAGGCCCACGACAGCAAGAAAUGGGGCUGGUUUGUCUGGGCUUGCAUUGCCUUCCUCGUCAUUGUCUAUCAACUUGCUGUUAACGGUCGUGAGGCCGUUGCCAACAAGGACAGCAAGACCAAGGCUUUCUAUGCUUCAAUUGCGGGGUACACCUUGAUUAUUUGGGUCCUCUACCCAAUUGUCUGGGGUCUUGCUGAGGGUGGCCAUGUCAUUAAUGUCAACUCCGAGAUCAUCGCUUAUGCGGUCCUCGAUAUUCUUGCCAAGCCUGUCUUCGGUUUUUGGCUUCUCUUCACCCACGACAGCAUGUCAAGCACAUCUCCAUCACUUGAAGGAUUCUGGUCUCAAGGCUUUGGCAGCCAAGGAACUCUCCGAGUUGGUGAUGACAGCGAAGCCUAA